UUGGUUUGGCAGGGAUCGCUAUUCCUGAUCAAAUCAAUGAUCCCCUCUAUCUUCAGAAUCUGACUGUUAAUGUUCAGAAUGCAAAAUGACAGUGUAGUGGUAAAGAACAAAAUCCUGCCAGUAGUGGCAGUGUCUCUGAACAUGGAGAAUAUACCGCCUGACCGCCAUGACAGUGCUGAUGAUAUUUAUCUCAAUGUACAGGAGCAUCACAACGGCAGCAAGUGGAGCAGACUUAUCAAUCAAUAUUCAAUGGGACACGAUUUAACUUCGUCUACUGGUUCAGUAUUUGGAGGGGAUGUUUCAAAUUCAAUAGACUCAGGAAGUCGACUUAUCGAUAGCAACGAGCGCGAACGGACAUCACUACACGCAAACCCUGAGAUGAUAUUCUCUUUCGGUCUCAGGGGAGUGUCACCUACCACCCAGGAGAUUUUCAAGAGGAUAGAGGCGAAUGAGUAUAAUGAGUUGGAUAAGAUUCUGUCUGAAAGAGGAACCAAAGUAACCAUCGUUCCUAAAAUAGGUUGCCCUCAGCAGCACGAUUUCAUUUCACAGAACAUAGCCAACACUGAAAACGAGGAGGGAGACUCGCCCCUUCACGCAGCAGCUAAAGUUGGUGUCACUAUGGUGGAUAAAGUUUUAGAAUAUGGAGGCAAUCCAAAUGCUAAAAACAGAGAAGGGGACACUCCUCUCAGCAUCGCAGCGGUGAGAAGGGACAGACUCUCCAUAGACACUCUCAUCCACGCUGGAGCCAGUCUUAAUGCCGCUGUUAUCAAACUAACCUCUUAUCUCCGGGAUCACACUGAUACAGACCUGCCUGGCUUUGAGUCUGGGUUCAGCGUGAAACCUUUGACAUUCCUUCUCUCCAACGAUGUUUACUUGAAGUGCAGGGACCCCUUCAGGACGGCAUUUGAUGUGAGCAAGAGUAUAGAGGCCAUAGUAAACAUCAGGGAUGAGUUCAGAAUGGAGUUUGAGUUGUUGAUUCGGGACGCUGAUGUGUUCGCCUACAAAAUGUUGGACUAUUGUGAGAAAAUGAGUGAGGCCAAAACUGUGUUAUCUCAGGCACAUGGACUACUCAGUAAGGCAAUAAAUGAGGGAAAGAAACGGUUUGUCGGUCAUCCUUUCAGUCAACAGAUUAUUUUAGAAGAAUGGUACGACAAAACAAUUUCCAGCAAAACUGUAUUUAGUCACAUAGGAAUAGUAGUCAAGUAUGCAAUGAGCCCAAUUCUCUUGCCACUGUAUUUUCUGAAACUUGUGUUUUUCGAACAACCAGCACAUGUGCCAUUAAGGAACUCCAGUGCCGCAGACCACAUGAGUUUCCUCUUCAUUCCCUACAUUUGCUUCGUAACUGAUAUAUUUAACUACCUCAUCCUCCUGGGACUGCUCAUACUAACCUGCAUUAGCACCAAAAAAUCGGAGGUCCCUAACAAUAUUGAAAUAGCGCUGUGGUGUUGCACCGUAUCUAGGCUCUUCAUAGAAUGUGACCAGAUGUGCCAACAAGGGAUCAGGUGCUACUUAAAGAACAUGUGGAACAUUCUAGAACUCUGUUCAUGUUGUUUGAUUACCAUGGCUGCAGUUUACAGGAUCGUUGUGUUCCUUAAAUUCGAUAACCCUGAAGGUAGCUUGACUAAACUUGAACCUCUGCACAAAGAUAUCUUAAACAUCACCUACAUAUACGCAAUCACUGAGUUUCUCAUGAUCCUCCGGUGGUUAAACUUCCUUGAGUUCUUCCCUGGUCUGGGUCCACUCCUCAUUGCACUGAGGACCUUGCUGGCAGAUGUGUUUAAGUUUGUGCUGAUUGUGUUGUUUACGUGUGUGGUGGGGACAACUAUAGCUGUUUACUCUGUUGUCAGCACUGUCAAAUCACAGAACGAAAUAAAAUCGUCCCAUGAGGAGUGGAAAUCAGAUUCAGACGUCAAAUUGAAAAACACUCCCAAGUUCUUCACCGAUUUUGGGACAUGCUUCAUAAAUGUCAUUUGGUCAACAUUUGGUCUUUACAGAGACGUUGAGAUAGAAAACGACAGCACCUCAACCUACGUGGUGUACAUUAUUCUCCUCCUGUAUAUCAUCUUAGCAGUUGUUCUAAUGCUGAACAUUUUGAUAGCUCUUCUUAACAGCACCUUCGAGAGAAUUCAGGGAAACUGUGACAUCGAGUGGAAAUACGCCAGAAGUCUGCUUCUCAAGGAAUACAGAAACGGACAACCAUUCAUAUUCCCUUUCCAUCUCUUCCUGAUACCCAUAACGAUCCCGUACCGUUCAAAGAUGGUCAACAGACGACACCAAUUGAAACGACAAACGACCAGAGAAAAUCUGUGGCGGUUAACAGAACGGGACAAGCUGCUGUCCAAGCUGUGUGACCGUUAUAGGAGAUCACUGGCCGCCUCUGAUACAGAGAGGUGCAGCACUUUCAGCGGUUUUAACGAUCAGAAAAUGGGAACUUUCGCAGAGACUGUCGCAGUUCAGAGACAUAAUUCAUCCAUGAGGAUGGCCAGAAGAGCUGCUUUAGGCAGAAAUCAGAGAGGAGCAUCCAGACUUUAGUGAAUGUAGUAAUGCUAUCAGGUGACUAAUCCAUGCGGAAUGAAUCUAUAUUGUUUUACUUUUAGUGAUAGUUUUACGGAUUUAGUCCGCUUACCGUAAAAAUCAAAUUUUGUAUUUUAUACUUAAACAAAAAGUCAUUAGAACAUUGUUAUCACUGAGUUUAUUCAGAAAAAAGAUCAGGAAUUUUCUUGAAAGAAUCAUCAAAUUUUAACGAGACUCAAUAGACGAUAACACGACUUAAUCGGAAAUAUAAAUUAUAAUUGGUAUCCUUUUACAUGGAAAUUCUGCCUGUACUAUUCUUUUCAUGAUUUCCAUAUUAUAUAUUUAACCAUUUGAUAAUGUUGUCAGUUACCUGUUUGCCAUCAAAUAACAUAAACAAUUGAAAUGUAUCUCUCCUUGCGCCCACAUUGUGACUUAUAGCUUGGAUCACUGAUAAUGCUGCCGAACAAAAAGUCAAUUUAAAUUGGAUAUUUUCAUUGUUUUAAAAGUCUUGGGUUUUCAAUCUCAAAUCUGCUUCAAUUGUAAAUGUUCUUUUUGUUCUUCCGGAGAACAAAAAGUCAAAUUAUAUUGGAUAUUUUCAUUGUUUAAAAGGUCUUGGGUUUUGAAUCUACUUCAAUUUAAAAUGUUUGUCUUAAUCAAAAGGAAUUUUUGAUUUCGUCUCCUAAGAAAAUGGCUUCAUAACUUUUAGUUUUAUUAUUAUUAGGAAUGCUAUAAGUAUAGUGAACAGUGAACACUAUCCAUGCAGUGACUGAACCGAAUGUUCACCUUAGCUGACUGGUUAAAAAUCGCCGCUAGUUGCAAAUAUAGUCGAGUCAGGCGUCAUCUACAUGUUACGUUUAAUUGAAAAUAAGUAUUUCAACUUUCAGUUGCAGUAGUACUACUACUA